AACAAGCCAGCCAAGCGCUGAAUAAACCAGCAAGAAGCACAAGCAGCGCCACGAGGCUGCCCAGGAACAAGAGCAAAGUUCGAACAAGUAGCAGCCGCUGCGUUUUCUUCGCUUUCCAGGCACCUUUGGGAUACAGGCACGAGGAAUCAGUAACAAGGGGCUUACUUGGCCCGUGGACGAAAAGCGCGAAGCCCACCCGCGAGAAGACAAAAGGAGGGGGGUCCCCGAACGCCGCCGCUGGUCGUGAUCUCUUCCCUGUCUUCCGCGCUGCCUUCCGCCCGGCUGCCCCAAGCGAUGGUCAACAUGCAAGUGUGCGCCCUGGAUCCCGAGGCGCUGCGCGGGCUGCUCCAAGACCGCGCCUUGCAGUGCCUGGUGCUGGACUGCCGCUCCUUCUUCUCCUUCAACUCCUCGCACGUCGGCGGCUCCUGUAACGUCCGCCUCAGCACCAUCGUCCGGCGGCGGGCCAAGGGCGCAAUGGGCCUGGAGCACAUCCUGCCCAACGAGGAGGCGCGCGCUCGCCUGCUCAGGGGGCUCUACCACGCCGUGGUGUUGCUGGACGAGCGCAGCGCCGACCUGGAGGCGCCCAAGCGGGAUAGCACCCUCAUGCUGGCGCUGAACACCUUGUGCAGGGAAGCCCGCGACACCCGCAUCUGCUUCCUCAAGGGAGGAUAUGAUGCUUUCUCUUCUGCUUGCCCAGAGCUGUGCACAAAGCCAUCUGCUCCGAAGGGCCUGACCCUGCCGCUCAGCACCAACAACAUGCCUGGCAGCGCAGAUUCAAACUGCAGCUCCUGUGGGACCCCUCUCUAUGAUCAGGGUGGCCCAGUGGAAAUCUUGCCUUUCCUGUAUUUGGGCAGUGCCUAUCAUGCUUCCAGGAAAGAUAUGCUAGACGCUUUGGGCAUCACAGCCUUGAUCAAUGUUUCUGCAAACUGCCCGAAUCAUUUCGAGGGGCACUAUCAGUACAAAAGCAUCCCCGUGGAGGACAACCACAAAGCUGACAUCAGCUGCUGGUUUAACGAGGCCAUUGACUUCAUAGACUCUGUUAAACGUGACGGUGGGCGAGUGUUUGUUCACUGCCAAGCCGGCAUCUCCCGCUCUGCGACCAUCUGCCUCGCUUACCUUAUGAGGACCAACCGAGUCAAACUGGACGAAGCCUUUGAGUUUGUGAAGCAGAGAAGGAGUAUCAUCUCUCCCAACUUCAGCUUCAUGGGGCAGCUGCUGCAGUUCGAGUCCCAAGUCCUUGCUCCAAACUGCUCAGCAGAGGCUGGGAGCCCUGCCAUGUCUGCCUUGGACAGGGGAGCAUCCACUACGACUGUCUUUAACUUCCCAGUCUCCAUCCCUGUCCACUCUGCUUCCAGUGCACUAAGCUACCUUCAGAGCCCCAUUACCACCUCUCCCAGUUGCUGAAAGGCAGGUGCAAGCUGACCCUGUACACACUCAAAAGACUUGACACUCUUGCUGUUACCUGACAAGUGCAAUAACUUUGGGGAGGGGCAGGUAUAUUAGCUCUCACAGGUCUCCCUUCCAUCGCAGCUAUAGAGCAAUACAGAAUCACCAGCACAGAUUGGCAUAUCUGACUCCAGAAAGCAAAGCUCUUUCUGCUAGAUGGUCUUGGCUGAGAUGCAUUUUUGACCAAUGUUUGGAUACCUAUACAAAGGAGAAAAAGCACAUGGGACAUUGCUUUCUACUCCUGAAAUAUUCCUCUUACAGUUUUCUGUCUGUGUCAGUCUGUUUCAGUAGCAAAUAUGACAGUAUUCUCGUUCCCUGGGUGUACUGGGCUACAGUAACACUGUCCUCCCUGUACAUGAAAAGUCCUGAUAUUUAUUUAUUUUUUUAUGGUGUUACUGCAUUUGUGUGUUCUGCCAUUUUAAGUCUGAAGUUUCAUUUUCUUU